UCAUGCCUCCUCCAUGAUCUUCUUUCAUGGCCUUCACACACCAGAUCUCACCCUUGAUCUACUCUUUUCCCACAAGUAGUCUUCGUUCCUGAUCUUCGGUUAUCAUUCUCGAGAGAAAAAAAGAAACAUGAGAGAUUUGUCAUUCUUUCUCCUCAAGAACGCCUUCGGAGCCAAGAUUAGAAAAGGGUUCAAGAACUUCUGCAACAAUGAUGGCUCUACCUCCACCCUGAACCAGCAAAGCCUUGUUGAUGCUCGUCGCCCGGUCGUAGCUGCCGACCUGUCGUCCGAUGUGGCAGCCACGCUCCCACACUUUGAGGGCGAGAGGGGUGGUCCCCACCCAACCUUGGAAGAAAUGUUAUUGCAGCUGGACAUGGAGGAGAGGCUGGGAAGGGAUGUAAUCAGACACCGAAUGUCAUGCGUAAACAGCUCAGAUAUCCUCAGAGCCGCACGGAGCGCACUGGACCAGUACCCAAGGUUCUCACUGGAUGGGAAAGAUGCUCUGUACCGGUCAUCUUUCCGAAACAGGGAAACCGUCGAUUUCGUAGCAGAGAGAAGGGGAUUCUUGCCAAGUAAGAUAGGAGGAGAACAGGUGAUGUGGUGUAAACCGGGUGUGGUGGCGAAGCUGAUGGGUUUGGAUGCAUUACCGGUUCCAAUGCGCCGCAGCUCUCGCGCUAGCAGGGAAAGGAUGAAUAAUGGGAGUGACAUGAUGAUGAAAAGGAGGCAAAACCUGAGGAGGAGAUCUGCUAAAAUGGAAGGGCGAGAGAGGAGAGAUACAAGACUAUUGAACACAACUUCUUGCUCAAAAACAAAGGGUUAUUGUGUUGUGAAGCCCAUUGCCAAGGAGAUUGAGGAUGAAGUUGGGUGGCCUAUGCGCGGUGGAAUUUUUUUAUAGAAACCACAAUCUUGUUUAGUGGGAGUUGCAAGUUAUUCUCCAUAAUAAUCUCUAGUGAAAGUUGUGUUUGGUUCUUUGGUUUGAUUUGCAAAUAGACCGUUAGAAUUAUGGAAAUGAAGAAGUCAACUUGGCUUUCUCUAUUAAUGACGCUUGGACAUCUUCCAAAAUGAGUACCUCAUGUACUAAUUAAUGCAUUGGAUUAAAUCUAUUUAUUUAGGUUAUAUUUUCCUAUCUCAUAGAUGGAUGCUUAUGUAUAAAUUCUUGGUGGAAAUCUAUAAUUUACACGUUAAAAAUUAAAUCUUGACUUGUGGU